AUGGACGUGGCGGCGGCGGCGGCCGGCGUGGAACCGUUCCCGAUGGUGGACAAGUGCGACGCGUCAGGGCGGGGCGCGCACGCCGUGGUCGCGGACCUGGACGGCACGCUGCUCCGUUCCCGCAGCGCUUUCCCGUACUACGCGCUGGUAGCGUUCGAGGCCGGCGGCGUGCCCCGUCUGCUGCUGCUGCUGCUCCUGUCCCCCUUGGCGGCGGCGCUGCAGGUCCUGGUGUCGGAGUCAGCGUGCACGCGCGUGCUGGUGUUCGCGGCCACGGCGGGCGCUCGGGUGUCGGACAUCGAGUCGGCGGCGCGCGCCGUGCUACCGCGGUUCUACGCCGCCGACGUGCACCCGGCCGCGUGGAGGGUGUUCUCUGCGUGCGCCCAGAGGCGCGUGGUGCUCACGGCCACGCCGAGGGUCAUGGCCGAGCCGUUCCUCAGGGAGUGCCUUAGUGUCGACGCUGUCGCGGGCACUGAGCUUGCCACGUGGCGCAGGCGCGCCACGGGGUUCGUGGACGCGCGCAGGGGCGUGCUCGUGGGACGUCGCAAGGCCCAGGCGCUGCGGGAGAUCUUUGCCGCCGAUGGCGACGCGCCCGACGUCGGCCUCGGGAACAGCCAGUCCGAUUACCCCUUCAUGACCAUGUGCAAGUCUGUACAGAGAUCCAACAAAAAAAAGCCAAUGCUCAAAUUAAUGAAGAAUAUUGGGAAGUGGAAGAAAAAAGAGAAGGAAUUUGCUUCGGGCCAGAAAGGGUACAACAUCUCAUUUGUGAAAACUGUGAGAGGUGCAUGA